AUGAAAACAGACUGCAUGACACCGCAGACUUCGUGAACAAGAGAAAACAAAAUAUGAGUUCCAUUGGAACAGGUUAUGAUUUGUCAGCAUCACAGUUUUCUCCUGAUGGCAGAGUUUUCCAAGUAGAAUAUGCUCAGAAAGCUGUAGAAAAUAGUGGGACAGCUAUUGGGAUUCGUGGUAAAGAUGGAGUGGUGUUUGGGGUUGAGAAACUGGUUACAUCAAAACUGUAUGAAGCGGGCACCAACAAGAGGAUAUUUAACAUUGACAGGCAUAUUGGGGCUGCUGUAGCUGGUUUGCUGGCUGAUGCCAGACACUUGGUGGACAAUUGUCGGGAUGAAUGCUCCAACUACAGACAUAACUAUGGGUCAUCCAUCCCUCUUAAGCAUCUCACAGACAGGGUCUCCAUGUAUGUCCAUGCUUACACCCUGUACAGCUCUAUUCGACCAUUUGGGGUAGCUGUCAUUCUCGGUUCCUAUGAAGAGAAAGGACCACAGAUGUAUCUCAUUGACCCAUCAGGAGUAUCAUGGGGUUACUAUGGCUGUGCAGUGGGUAAAGCAAAGCAAGCUGCAAAGACUGAAAUCGAAAAAUUAAAAAUGAAAGAUAUGACAAUGCGUGAACUGGUUAAAGAAGUAGCAAAAAUUAUCCACAUAGUACAUGACGAAGUAAAAGACAAAACAUUUGAACUGGAACUUAGUUGGGUUGGUGAAGCAACUGGAGGUGUGCAUCAGUUGGUUCCACCAGAUGUUUAUGCAGAGGCGGAAAAAUAUGCUAAGGAGGCACUUGAAGAAUCUGAUGAAUCGGAUGAAGAAGAUUUAUAGUGAUAUUAUUCAUAGACAUUUAUCAUUUGUGUCUUCAUCUUCAUCAUCUACUAGACUGGUUUCAUUCUCAGUGCUUUGCAUUAGCAACAUGAAGAAAACUUUUUAUUUCAGGGUUUAUGUACAAUAAGUCUUAACUGACUGCUUUACUAAGAUCAUUGUUAUUAAUGCUAGUCAUACUAGAGGAUGAACUGGCAUUAAACAGCACUGACGUUAGAUCAUAUGCUACAUGCAUUUGUGAAUGUUACAGAAUAUAUAUUUACAUCACCAAUCAAA